UGCUGCUGCUGCUGAACAGUUCAGACUAGAGGUCUGGCUUUCCUUAAGACGCUGGGAUUUGAAGGAGCUAUUCUGUGAUCUGUGCUUCUAGUAAGUGACUGAUAGUAUUCUAGACUGAACUGGUCCAUGAGUACAGAGACUGAGUUGCAAUUAAGUGAAAAAUAGAAUACAAGAUCUUGAAGAACUGCACUGAGGUGCAAGCCAGAUUUAACACUCCAGUGCUGUGAACUGAGAAGUUGCUAAGGAAACCUGUCACAGGACUGAUUGUCGCUGCUUACUGCCUUUCUCUCUGUGUCGUUGUUGUCUUUUGCUGUUACACUGCUUGUGCUGUCUUUCUAAGCCCAGAUGUUCUCCGAUAACUCCCACUGCCCUGACUGUGGGCAGCAGUGGUUCCCUAGUUUAGAACUAGGGCAUUGGUUAUACCAAACUGAACUUGUUGAGAAUGAAUGUUACCAGGUGUUCUUAGACCAUAUUAACCGAGCUGAUUAUUGUCCUGAAUGCUAUCCUGACAAUCCUGCUAAUAGAAGCCUUGUUCUGCCUUGGUCUUUCCCACUUGAGUGGGCACCUCAAAAUCUCACCAGGUGGACCUUUGAGAAAGCUUGCCACCCAUUUCUUCUGGGUCUGCCACUGGUUAGAAAAAAGAUACAUGACUCCAGAGUAGCUGGUUUUAAUCCUGCAUUACAGUUAAUCUUGACCAGAACAGACAAAACCUUAAACAAGAAACUUGGCCAAAGCAAGUGACUUCUGUAACAGAAUCAUGAACUCUUCCAGGGCUUUGUGUUCAUA